AGAGAGAGAGAGAGAGAGAGGUUUAUAUAUAGAGAAAGGAGAGAGGGAAGAAGGGAGAGCUGGAUAAUGGGAUUGACGGAGCGAGAGCGAGGAGGAGAGAGAAACAGACAGACAUAGUGAGAGACUGUUGGGGUACACCUGACCUUAAGGAAGGAGGGUAGCUCGUUUGCACACACACACACACACACACACACACACACACACACACACACACACACACACACACACACGUAUAACAGCGCUUACAGUCAGGCAGAGGCAGUGAGGCAGCAGAGAGCCUGCAGACCAGCAGCCAUGACAGACACCGACUCCUUGAGUGAUGCACUAAAGGCCAUCACUGUGAGUACAGAGCUGAUAGAGGAGGAGCUCAAGCCUCAUUUGGACACAGUGCUGGCUGCUCUGCUGGAAAAGAAGAAAGAUGCUGCUGUUGAGAUUGCCAAAAGUGGGAUUCUCCCUACACUGGCUCAGGCCUUACGGGGUAAAAGCAGCCUGAGCUGCCAGGUGGCUCUGGUGGUGGCAGAGAUGGCACGUGACGCUGCAGUCAGGGAGCCGUGCAUUGAGGCAGGCCUGGUGAAGGUUCUGGUUCCCCAUCUGAACAGCAAUAACCAGGAGAUGCUGCUGAAUACUGGCAGGGCCAUCGGACGUAUCUGCUUUGACAACUCAUACCAACAGGACCAGUUAGUCCAGAGUGGUGUGAUCCCCAGACUGCUGUGUAUAAUACGGGAGUAUCCAGAGAACGACCCCCUGGUCAACGUCUGCCUGCUGGCCCUCUGUAACCUAGCUGACAUGGACUCUGCGCGGGAAGCCCUGGCAGAGCAGGAUGUGGCAGAUGUCCUGACGUUUCAGCUGAAACGGGCACCUGAUGCCGAACGCCGACAUGUCAUCCUGGAAAUACUGGGCUCACUGGGCGAGAGCGACACACUGAAGCUGCAGUUUGCAGAGUCCGGAGUACCAGAGGCUUUAUCAGAGAUGAUCCGGGGUCUGCAGGGAGGCUCUGACCCCCACGACCUCUGCAGCAUCAAGAUCGCCUCCAACCUCAUAGUGUCCCUGCUUUUAGGAGAUGAGUCUAUGCAGAAGUGUUUUGGUGAGGGAUCAGGUCUGGUGUAUCAGGAUGUUCUUUCCUGGCUGCAGAGCUCCAACACUCAGCUGCAGUUGUCCGGAGCGCUUGCCAUCGCCAACUUUGCCAGGAACGACAGUAACUGUGUGAAGAUGCUGGACCUCGGCGUGGUGCCUCACAUCCUGACCUUGUUGGAGCAGCAUGUUGACGAAGGAGACGUGUCUGUUCAACACGCUGGACUGAGCGCGCUCAGAAACCUGGCCAUUCCUGCCACGAACAAAGUGCGGAUGCUGGAGGACGGCGUGACUGAGAGGAUAAAGACACUGCUGCGCUCUGACAUGCCGCCAGUCCAGUUCAAACUUCUGGGUACACUACGCAUGAUGGUGGAUGGACAAGAGGAGGCAGCCUUGGUGCUGGGGAGGGAUGCUGAGCUGCUGGCUCGUGUCAUGGAGUGGUGUGAAGCCAAAGACCAUGCCGGGGUCAGAGGAGAAGCCAGCCGCCUGUUGGCUGCCUUCAUCAGACACAGCCGCAGCCCCGAAGUUGUCAACGCUGUAGCCAAAGCAGCUGGGGUUCGACACCUUAUCUCCAUGGCAACAAGCGAGCACGUCAUCAUGCAGAACGAGGCCCUGGUUGCCCUGGCGAUAGCAUCUGCCAUUGACAUUGACUCUAUGAAGGAUCCGUUCAGCGACGCGGAGCUGUUGCCCAUACUGAAAAAGAUGCUGGAGGAUCCUGUUGGGGCGGUCGAAGUCAAGUUCAGUGCUUUAGGUCUCAUCUGCAGCCUGGCUAACUCCAGUGUGAUGAAGGAGGAGUUGAACUCUGUGAACAUGAAGGAAAGUCUCAGUAAACUGACAGAUCAUAGCAGCAGUAAACUUGCCUCGCAGGCCAGCUCCAUACUGGCCAUCCUCGGAGACACCAGUUAAACCAGCAUGCAGAAACAGGAGCUCAUCUGCUACAAUAGCAUACUUUAAUUCAGACAGUCCUACUGCACAGAUAUUAAAAAUGUCACCUGUUUUGUGGCAACAAUUACUAAUUGAAUACAAGCAAGACUAAGUACACAGCACAGUGACAGGUGCUGGGGAGGGAUGCUGAGCCAUUAAAACCAAAACGGUUCAUUCAAUCAGGAGUUUAAAAUGUCCUCCAUGUGAUGAUGUGCAAAGAUGACACUUGUCUGUAUGAAAUGGAAAGGUCCAUUAGAUUUUUCAUUUCAAACAUACAAUAAAUUUUAUAUUGUCAGUGGCAGCAGAGGAGGGGUCAGUGACAGAUUCAUCUUCUGGGGACCAUGAAUAUCCAUAAAAAAUUUUAUCUGAAGUUUUCAAAAAACCUCAUCAUGGAACAAAAAGUUGAUCAAAGGGAAAUUAUGACAAUGACAUUUUCCUUUAAAUGAUAUAUGGUGGAUGGACAGAUGGACUGAUGUUGCCUUUUGAGGGCCCGGCCAGCAGACAGGCCUGAAUAUUAGUAAUAAUGAUUUCUGGGUCAGUUUAUGUGAGAUAAAGGUUGAGAAAUCUGUGAAAUAUUUAGUGUAACUCUAGGAGCUGUGACAUAGCAGCACAGAAUGGUGAUCCAAAUGAAUACUGACCUUUAAAGUGUCAAAUAGCAUACAGUAUACAAUCUACAUGUGAACAAACAGCUCUUUCUGAUUUUCUUGAACUACAGCUACUAUCAACCUUUCAAUGCUGAUCCAUUCCAUUAGUAGAGGCUCAGCUUCAUCUACCCUACUCACAAAAAGUUCAGGAUAUUUUCAGGUAAAAUUUAUGGAAAAUGUAAAAAGUUCAUGCUACAGUGAUGUGAUGUACAGUGACCCAGCUCAGUGGUAACUUCCCUCUGAGUACUUCCUGUUUAAAGCCUCACACUGACCAGGUACUGGUGAUGAUUGUUGGGUGUUGUCUUGGUGUCAUGAUGUCACAAUGUGAACAGCAUGAUGAAGAGGACUGUUUCAAUACAAACUGUCACUG